CUAACAGAAGUCAUUUUGGCACUUCCCCUCUUAUCCUGAUUACAUACACUUAUACUGCAUACUUUGGAGUAUUUUUAAAUUAUUUGGAUUCAUUGCAUUAUUUUAUUUUGUAAUUUAUAAAUGGUAUUUGUUGUUUUGUCUUAAGAAAUAGAACAGAAAAAAAGGCAUCUACAAAGUGUCUAACCACAAUUGGAGUGUCACGAGAGAACCAGCAGGGAGAGGAGAGAGCUCGUCGUCAUUGUUUUUUCUUUUCAUCGUUUAACUCCUAAAAUCUAAUAAAAUGGGUAACGAAGCUUCACUACCAAUGGAGAUGUGCUCCAACUGGACAGAUCAAUCGUCCUCUGACUACGGCUUCCAAAUGUUUGAUGCCGAUGAAAUCCGCCGACUCGGCAAGCGAUUCCGCAAACUGGAUCUUGACAACUCCGGUUCUCUUUCUGUGGAAGAAUUUAUGUCGCUUCCGGAACUUCAGCAAAACCCGCUGGUCCAGCGUGUCAUAGAUAUAUUUGAUGCAGAUGGCAAUGGAGAGGUGGAUUUUAAAGAGUUCAUUCAAGGCAUGUCUCAGUUUAGCGUGAAGGGUGACAAGGAAAGCAAGAUGCGAUUUGCCUUCCGUAUCUAUGACAUGGACAAUGAUGGUUACAUCUCAAAUGGGGAGCUAUUCCAGGUACUAAAGAUGAUGGUGGGAAACAACCUGAAGGACACACAGCUCCAGCAGAUUGUUGACAAAACUAUCCUCUUUGCUGACAAAGAUGAAGAUGGCAAAAUAAGCUUUGAUGAAUUCUGUGCGGUAGUCGGCAACACGGAUGUUCACAAAAAGAUGGUCGUUGACGUUUAAAUAAAUUCAUGGUUGUUGAUUUUGGGUGCCACUGGCCUAAGGUGCAACGUAGCUGUUAAUGUUUCUAUGGACUGUCUUGGGAUAAAUGUUUUUUAUGAUAACAGUUUUAAAGUCAGAUCAGUGUUUCAUCAGUAGCAAUAUGGAAUCCUCCAUUUGAUACUCCAGUGAUGUAGCAAUUGUUUCUUUUUUGUGACAGAAUGCAACAGUGUAAGGAUGAUCUUUGUAUUAAUGCCAUUGACAUGCCCUUAGUGUUUCAUAAUACAAUAAUGAAAUUAGUAGAACAGUAUUGGAUUUAAUAUGAUGUAGAUUUUGAAGUCUAUGAUAGUAAAAAAGAUUAAUUUACUAUGCAAAAAUUGGUAAUCAGAGGCACAUUUUUUAGACUAUUUAAAUACAGUACAGUAUAUUUGUUUGUUGAAUUAUAGACCUUUUUGUGUUUUCUGGGGCUUUCUUAUAUAAAUAUUGUCAUAUAUGUUUUUUAGCUUUUAUGAAAACCAGGGCUUCAGUGGCACUGCAGGAAAUAUUGAGUUUAAGACAUUAUAAUCAUUCUCUCCAUGUCAGAGCUCAUGUAUGAAGUGGUUUUGCAUUUGAUCUCAUAAUCUUAAAACUAUUUGCAUCCGUUUUAUUGUACUAGAUAUUUCCCUGUUACUUCAUAACUGACUUUGUGAUAUUUGAAGGUAAAUUCCCACACUUCAUACAAGCAUCACUCUAGUUUUGUUACAUAUUUCUAAACUUGCAUAUCAUGAUGGAGAUGUGGUAUUGCAUAAGUUUUCUAUGUUUAUUACAAACUGUAUUGUAUUGUGCAUAAUUCAUCUUCCCCCAGUUGCUGAAGGAUACAUAGGGAUGGUAUCCUUUUCCAGUUCCCUCUGCCUUGGGUGCCAAGUCCUCAAUAUUAUAUGGGGCUUAGAUAGCAAAAACUGUCAGUUUAGUUUUUUCCUACUGAAGUGCAGAGUUAUUAAUGAGUGUAUAGGAACUGUAAUAAUUGUUUAAUCUGGACAUUUGGCAAUAAAUUCACUUAAAUUUAUUUUUAUGUAAAUUAUGGUGGUUAAACAUUGAAGUAGGUUCGAAUAUUGUAAGUACGUACUGAAUUAUUAUAAAGAUGGUGGCUCAGUUUUCCAAGGGAAAAAUUGCAAGAAUUGUAAGAGAAUUGUCAGGUUUUAGUUACUUAAUGAAAAGCUAUGAGAUGUAAGGUUUCAAUUAUUAAAGUUACAGAUUAUGAUACCAGUACAGUAUAUUAAAAGUGAUACAUUAGUUUGUACUCUUAACAGUAACAAUAUUAACAUCAAAUACCGAAUAAAGACAAGAUAAUUUAGUUGAAAUUCAGAUUUCUGUAGAGAGUUGUUUUAAUUCAACGUUUAAUUAUAGAUUGUAUGUGCACUUAAUUUUAAUGUAUUUAAUAUUGAGAAAUUGAGGACCUUUAAUAACUACAAAACAUUAAACAAAAAAAAGAGGAACUAUGUAUCUGUAUUAUCAUUUUUUAUUGUUAUUUACAUAUUCUUUAAUUAUUUAAUUAUUAUUAUUUUUUUUUUUAAGAAAAUUGUUAA